UGGCUUCGCGAUAUUGCGCUGCGUUAAUACGCGUCUCCCACUCUCUUCCCGACGUCGUCACGCAUUUCCGCUCCUUGCAGCGAAAGUAGAAAAGCCGGUCGCAAAUUAGUCCAGUCACAGUCGCCGAUCGACAUUUCUGCCGGCGUAUCGAGCUUCAUUAACUGAGAAAGAAAAGAGACAGCGCAUAGACACACAUACACGAGUGAAGAUAUUCUCGCAAACAUAUUUUUCUCGUCGUUAUUUUUUUCGAAAGUGUCAUUGCCUGAUAAUACAUUAGCGCGUUCAUUAAUUCCGUAUCUCGUACAAGAUUUCUUUAUUGAAACUUCUCGCUGUUAUUGUAAAACAUCACCAAGAUACAAACGUGAAUGAUAACAGCUCGAUUGAAUACGCGUGGUACAAACGAAACGAGUAACCAGAAGGACAUCUACAGUUUCGUCAUUUAUCGAUACGCGCUUAUCUAUGAGAGAGAGAUUAUUCGUCUUAUUCGAAUAUUCUAUAUUAUCUAUAGAAUAUAUUAUCUAUACAUAUAUCGUCUGAAUCAUAAUCACGGCAGUGAGUGUGGUGUUGAUACGUUCAUUUGUACGUUCUUGAACGAGCAUUAUUGUGAGAUAUAAGUGUCGCGUACGAGGCGGAUCGCGCGAGCAGAGAGAUGUCAGGGAACGUAGGAACGUCCGAAGACAAGCAGUGGCUGGAUGUUGUGAUGCCGAAAAUCGCCGAGAGUAUCGGCGAGAGAGGCACUACGCGCUACGUGUUGUCCAGCAUCAAGCAACGCUUCCUGUCUGACAUUUAUUUCGUGUACAUGUCGUGUACGAACGAGAUAAACCAGCUCAGUGAGACGCGAAUGGUGAUCAAGAGAACCAAGUUGUGCAAGUUAAUGGAGGUGAAGAAUCAGUUUCACAACGAGAUCGUGUUCUAUCAGUUGUUCUAUCAAUCGGGCGAGAAUUUUCCGAGAUACUUGUACGGCUACGACGCGUCGCUGGACUCCAGCGAAUACUCGAUAGUCGUCCUCGAGGAUGUGAGUAGAAACGGAUUCAAGGAGAGUCCGGCCUCGUUCGAUGUUCCAUACAGCUACGUACUGGCGGUGAUGCGCGAGCUGGGACGGUUCCAUGCUAAGGGCUAUAUCCUGAAAGAGACAAAUCAGGCCAAGUUCCAAAGUAUCACGGACAAGAUCACGGAGACCCGGUUCUGCGAGAAGACUAAAAUGCGACCGUUCGUCAAUAUAACGUCGACACGAGUGGUGGAUUACCUCCGUGCACAGAAUCACGACACGGGUUUCUGCGACAAAUUGGAGGCCCUGCUCUCAAACGCGUUCGACAAAGUGAUAAUACCGAUAGUCACAGUAACCGAGUCGUCCGAGCUGUUGUCCACGAUUUGUCAUGGCGACGUUACGCUGGACAACAUGCUCUUCCAGCCCCUAAAUAGCGAGUAUUUCAACGCGAUGUUGAUCGACUUCGGGAUGAUGAGGUACGGCACGCCCGUCGUGGACCUCUCUUCGUUCUUCUGCCUCUGUUGCACGAACAGCAUGGUACGGGACAAAUUGCACGACAUGUUGGCGGUCUAUCACAUGGCGCUGACAAAUUAUAUGUCGCUAGGAGGGGUGGCAGAUACCAAGAAGUACUCGUACAGAGCUAUACUAAACAAUUACAGAGAAGGCUGUCUCUACGGCUUUGUCCUCGCGUCCUUCUACUUGGAGUGCUUACUGGGACAUAUCGAUCCUGUUGAAAUAGCGGGACGACACAAUGAUAUGGAAAUGUUAGCAAAAGAGUACAAGAAGAGCGGUGGAGACCAAGUGUCCGCGAUGUUAGCCGAAAUGCUCCUUCAGAUGGUUGAGAUGGGCAGUUUGGACCAUUUCUUGUAAACACGCGAUAUUAUUGUGACGCAGAAUUACGCAUCUAUUAGUACUUACGAGAUGUUCAAUGGGAGAUUCUCGGGCAAACAAGCAAAUACAGUGCGAGAAUGAUUCGGCAAUUUCGCGAUCGUGUUCAGAGAGAAAUGGCGUUCGACUGUUCCGUGUUGGGUCGCGCGAAAAACGUAAUGUAGCACAGGGUCGAUUGAUCUUAUUAGAGCACACAGAUGCAAAGUGUUAAAUAAUUCAGUCCUGUUUUAUACGAGCGCGCCAACUUCACGCACCAACUGCGCGCUCAGUUUUUUAUUAGGCGGACUGUAAAAUGAUUUUAAAGCGGCUCGUAAAAUCGUCGAUUUCGGAAAGAGGAAAAGAAGGGCAGAGAGAGAAAAAGAGGAAACAUAAGCAUAAAGAUAGUGGAAAUGAAAUAAUGUGAAUAAGAAGCGAGUUAAAAGCAGAAGGCCGCUUAUGCGUGACACUGAAAACGGGUGUAGUAUUGCACCGUGAGUUUUGCGGUGCACAUUGGCGAAAUUAUUCCUUCGUCCGUGCAACUCUGUACGGAUCUGCCUUUCAAAUAAAGAAGCAUGCGCGUACUUUAUCCGAAUAAUUUCCAUGUUUUUCGAGCUAGAACGGCGGCCGGCGUUUAUAGCGAGGUGAUAAAAAUUGUAGUAAAAAUUUGCAAGCGCAAGUUAUAUUUCGUAAUGUAGGAUUUUUUGUACUUUAUGCACAAUAAAAUCGCAUGAAACGAGUGA